AAACGCGGCCGAGCCGGGAGCCGGGAGCCGGAGCCACUGCCUGGACCAGAACUUGGCCGCCGCCUGCGCCGCUGUCUCCCGUCGCCGUCUCUCGCGACCGCCUCUCACCGCCACCGCCGCAAGCUCGGCUACCGCGCUCCGCGGACUUUGGGUGUCCGGGUUGAAGGUCGGUCCGGACGUCGGAGCAGCUCGGCUCCCGGACCGUCCGGGCGGCAGCGGGCGCCGCAGCCGCCGCCGCCUCGUCGCCCCAGCCAGGCGUUUUGUUCGCUGAGACGCGAGAGGCGAGCGGAGCUGACAGUGAUUUUGACAGUGAUUCCAACCCGCUUUUGUUGUUGUUGGCUUUUCGUUGUUUGGUUUUGUGUGUUGUGCGUGUAUGUGGCGGUUUUCCCCCCGUGGUACAUUUUUUUAAAUUGUUGUGCCUUUUUUUUUCCUUUUUUUCAACCCUGUGAACGUUUUUGCUUCCCCCUCCCCCCCGCCUCGGGGCUUCCGAAUAUGUUUUAUGACGGUUGAUUUUACACCAGGAGGUUUGUCUCCGAGGAAGACCCAGGGAACUGGAUAUCUAGCGAGAACUUCCUACGGCUUCUCCGGCGCCUCGGGAAAAUGGGAGCUGCUGCAAAGUUGGCGUUCGCCGUCUUUCUUAUCUCUUGCUCUUCAGGUGCUAUACUUGGCAGAUCAGAAACUCAGGAGUGUCUUUUCUUUAAUGCUAAUUGGGAAAGAGACAGAACCAACCAGACUGGUGUUGAGCCUUGCUAUGGUGAUAAAGAUAAACGGCGGCAUUGUUUUGCUACCUGGAAGAAUAUUUCUGGUUCCAUUGAAAUAGUGAAGCAAGGUUGUUGGCUGGAUGAUAUCAACUGCUACGACAGGACUGAUUGUAUAGAAAAAAAAGACAGCCCUGAAGUGUACUUUUGUUGCUGUGAGGGCAAUAUGUGUAAUGAAAAGUUCUCUUAUUUUCCGGAGAUGGAAGUCACACAGCCUACUUCAAAUCCUGUCACACCGAAGCCACCCUAUUACAACAUCCUGCUAUAUUCCUUGGUACCACUUAUGUUAAUUGCCGGGAUUGUCAUUUGUGCAUUUUGGGUGUAUAGACAUCACAAGAUGGCCUACCCUCCUGUACUUGUUCCUACUCAAGACCCAGGCCCACCUCCACCCUCCCCAUUACUAGGGUUGAAGCCACUGCAGCUGUUAGAAGUGAAAGCAAGGGGAAGGUUUGGUUGUGUCUGGAAAGCCCAGCUGCUCAAUGAAUAUGUGGCUGUCAAAAUAUUUCCGAUACAGGACAAACAGUCCUGGCAGAAUGAAUAUGAAGUCUAUAGUCUACCUGGCAUGAAGCAUGAGAACAUAUUACAGUUCAUUGGUGCAGAGAAACGAGGCACCAGUGUUGAUGUGGACUUGUGGCUGAUCACAGCAUUUCAUGAAAAGGGCUCACUGUCAGACUUUCUUAAGGCUAAUGUGGUCUCUUGGAAUGAACUUUGUCAUAUUGCAGAAACCAUGGCUAGAGGAUUGGCAUAUUUACAUGAGGAUAUACCUGGCUUAAAAGAUGGCCACAAGCCUGCAAUAUCUCACAGGGACAUCAAAAGUAAAAAUGUGCUGUUGAAAAACAAUCUUACAGCUUGCAUUGCUGACUUUGGGUUGGCCUUAAAGUUUGAGGCUGGCAAGUCUGCAGGUGAUACCCAUGGGCAGGUUGGUACGCGGAGGUACAUGGCUCCAGAGGUGUUAGAGGGUGCUAUAAACUUCCAAAGGGACGCGUUUCUGAGGAUAGACAUGUAUGCCAUGGGGUUAGUCCUCUGGGAACUAGCUUCUCGUUGCACUGCUGCAGAUGGACCCGUAGAUGAGUACAUGUUGCCAUUUGAGGAGGAAAUCGGCCAGCACCCAUCUCUUGAAGAUAUGCAGGAAGUUGUUGUGCAUAAAAAAAAGAGGCCUGUUUUAAGAGAUUAUUGGCAGAAACAUGCAGGAAUGGCAAUGCUCUGUGAAACGAUAGAAGAAUGUUGGGAUCAUGAUGCAGAAGCCAGGCUAUCAGCUGGAUGUGUAGGUGAAAGAAUCACUCAGAUGCAAAGACUAACAAAUAUUAUUACUACAGAGGACAUUGUAACAGUGGUCACAAUGGUGACAAAUGUUGACUUUCCUCCCAAAGAAUCUAGUCUAUGAUGGUUGCACCAUCUGUACACACUGAGAAUUGGGACUCUGAACUGGAGCUGCUAAGCUAAGAGAAGUGCUUAGUUUAUUUUCUGUGUGAAAUGAGUAGGAUGCCUCCGGGACAUGCACGCAAGCAGCCCCUGUGGAAAGCGUGGAUCUGGGAGACUUUCUGCAUCGUCGGCAGCACAGAUGUGAAGGGGAGUCGAAGGGAAAAGCUGCAAACUGUAACGAGCUUCUGAAAAUGUACUCCAAGAGGGUGGCCUCUCCAAAUCAUGGGCCUUUUGGACCUGGCUAAUCAAGUAUUUGGAAACUGACAUCAGAUUUCUUCAUGUCUGUCAGAAGACACUAAUUCCUUAAAUGAACUACUGCUAUUUUUUUUAAAUCAAAAACUUUUCAUUUCAGAUUUUAAAAAGGGUAACUUUUUAUUGCAUUUGCUGUUGUUUCUAUAAAUGACUAUUGUAAUGCCAACAUGACACAGCUUGUGAAUGUGUAGUGUGCUGCUGUUCUGUGUACAUAGUCAUCAAAGUGGGGUACAGUAAAGAGGCUUCCAAGCAUUACUUUAACCUCCCUCAACAAGGUAUACCUCAGUUCCACGGUUGCUAAAUUAUAAAAUUGAAAACACUAACAGAAUUUGAAUAAAUCAGUCCAUGUUUUAUAACAAGGUAUUACAAAUUCACUGUGUUAUUUAAGAAAAAAUGGUAAGCUAUGCUUAGUGCCAAUAGUAAGUGGCUAUUUGUAAAGCAGUGUUUUAGCUUUUCUUCUACUGGCUUGUAAUUUAGGGAAAACAAAGUGCUGUUUUUGAAAUGGAAAAAAAAAUAUGGUGUUUCCCCCGCCCCCCCUCCUUAUAUCCAGGUCCCAAAAUAUUGCAUACUUAAGUAGUACUUUUUUCUUUAUGGUGUGCUGUGUUUGGGAAAUAUUUGAAAACAUAAAGCAUGAUUUAAAAAUUUUUAAAUGAGCUGUGACACUGGAAAGUUCUUCAUUUUUCUUUUAAAAUAGAUUUUUUUCCUAUUUAUAUAUGUAAAAUGGUGGUGUAUUUCUUCUUUUCACCAAACAGUGUGUGAGAUAUUCUUAUCACUGUUUUAUGAUCACCUCAGGAAGUGUCAUUACUCAGAAUUCUUCACUCUGCUUCUAGACUUGUAACUUUAUCACUGUAUUGCGUGGUGCCAUCUUGUCAGAGUAAUAUUUGAUGUCUGUGAUAUGGAGAGAAUUAUCUUAGGAUAAGGAUAGUGACCUUUAAGCACAGAUUUCAGAUAUUACUGCUUUAAAAACAAAUCAGGGAUAACAAGUUGAACUUAUAAUAUGCAAUGAUAUUAAGAGGUAACCAGUGCUGGUCUAAGGAACACAGCCCGGCCUCCUCCCCAAAUUACUUUUACAGCUAAUUCCAGAUAGUUCAUGCCUUAUCCUUGCGAAGAAAAUGGAAUUGAUGGCAAGUAGGUACCAGAGUGCUUUUAAAAACAAUAUUACGUUAGAAUAUAAUUGAAUCUUUCCUCAAGCUUACAGGCCCAAGUAAAAAAUUAAUUCCCUGAAUUUUUAAUUACCAACAAAUAGCCAGUAUUAUGUUAUAUACAUUUUUGUUAAGUCACUUUAACAUCCAUACAUUAACUUUAUAAAGUUUUACGUUACUGUCAGGAGCUCACUGUGAAUGUGUUAUCUUCAGAUGAUUAAGACAUCAGACACUACAUUUUACAUAUAAUGUGCACUAAUCUCUGGGAAGAAUAAUUACAAACAAUGCAUAGGUCAACAGACUUUGAGCGGGAAGAUGAUAGCAUUCUUGUCUGUAUGCCACACACCAUAGAGAACUGUGAGUUGUCUAUGUACCCAAGGUCUCACUGUAUUCCUGAGAUUGCCAAGUUCAGUGCUCACUGUUUUGAUUUCUACAUAUUUGGCCCCUCAAAUUCUUGAUUAUCAAGGAAAAUCAUAAGAAAAUAUGCAUACAAGAAAAUUAUUCCUCUCCAUAAGCAAACUGCUACUGGUUGUAAACAUCCAACCUCCUUUAAAAACUGAUAAAUGAGGGAUACUAUGACUGUUUGGCUUAGGAAAGCACUACAGAUAAAUUUUACCAAGAUAAAAUGCUUUGUCUUCAUGCUAGAAUUUUUUUUUAAAAGAAAUCUUGGGUAUUAUAUGUAAAUUUAGCUUAUCAAUUUUAAAACUUGUAUUCUCUUAAGAACUACAUUAACAGAAAGCCUUUUUUAUAAGCAGUAACAUUAAGAAUGUUCCAGUGACUACCUGUCCUUAUACCUAGUCUUGUUAAAACUUUCUUUUGCAGGGCAUUUUAGUGUUUGGUUUACAGUAAGUGCAGAGUGGGCAGAUAAAAAGAUUGAGUUAAGGACACUGAAAAUGAAAGAUCAAAGAAUGAAAAUCAUUUUUCUUAGGGAGAUGGCAAACUUGGACCCCUGUAUAUCUUCAUGUGUAUGGUGCUCAUGAUGUCUUGUACUUUGCCUUUCUGAUACCCACCAGAACUGCUGCUUACUCUACCUUGCCCAAAUCUCCCAUGUGAGAAAUGCUUAUGAUCAACUGCCAUAGGACUGAUGGAGUAACCAGUGUUUGAAUUCAUUUGAAGUCUAUCUCUGCCCUGCACAGAUCUUGUAUGUACUUUAGAUGCUAGGAGUUUUAGCAUGUGAUUUGUGACUCUUGUUUGGAUGUUUUAUUACAGGUACCUUGUGAAUUCCAGAACAGAGACUGUGCCUCACAAUUAUUGGUCCCAUGAACUUGCACUAUCUUUCAUGAUGAUAUUCUAAAAAUACAACCAGGAAAAACAAAAAACAACAAACACCUUUGGACUUAAAAACAGAAUCACGUAUCACAAAAUUAUGAAAACAUCGCUUCUGAUCCUUUUUCUUAUUCUUAAUAAUUAAGUCACAUUUAAGUAAAAUCCAAAUGGUUGGGAAACCCCCUCACCAGAUAGAUGGUAGUUUAAUGGAAUAGACUGAUUACUGUUUUUUAAAAAAAUGCUUCAUCAGAUAUUUUCCAGUUUCUCUUUUUUACUUUUUUGAAAAAUUACUUUUUAGGAAGAUUUGGUAUAAUGUGCAUAAAAUUAUUUACAAUUUAUGGACAAAGAUACAAGUAGCAUCUUGAUUAAACAUCAUUUACCUCAGAUAUUCAACCAGCAGUACGUUUUUUAUGCAGUCUCAACCCGUAUCUCCCUAUUUGUUACCUCUCAAAAUAUUGGUAAACAAUUAUUUUAGCUUUACUCUGUAUUUCUUGUCAGUGUUUUGGGCACAGGUUGUUGUACUACUGUCAUAUUGUACUUGCUAUUUUUUUUCCUGCAAGUAUUUAACAGAAAGCUAAAAAUGAAAAAAAAUCCCCAUAAAAUCCCACCUUGAAUAAGUGAUUGUUAAAUAUUGUACAAAUAAAAUGUAUGCUAUCCCCAUUCCAUCCCCAUGUUAAAUAAAAAAUGAAUAUGGUAUUA